AUGGCGUUUGGAAUGCUAGAAUGCAAGGAUGGUGAAUCACCUCCUGGAACAGUGCUGAUAACAGCAGUGAUUCUCAGUCAACAGUCAUUCGUGGAAAGUAGCAGCGAUGCUUCCUCUUCCUCGGCGAAGGGCCACCAUCAACGUCGUGGAAUUGUCUUGGUUCCUCAACCUUCAGACUCUCCAAAUGACCCUUUAAAUGAUUUCAUCUUGCUCAUUAUCAGUCUCCUAUCCGCGAUUGUAGGAGCAUAUGGACCCAUGUUAGGGCCUGGGUUUGUCGAAAUCUCUGCUGAGCUUGAUGUGAGCGUGAAUGAAAUAUCACAAGCUACCUCCUACCUGGUGCUGGCGAUCGGGAUUGCUCUUCUGUUCAGCAACCCGCUGGCCAAGUGUUAUGGGAAACGGCCUGUGUAUCUAGUCUCUGGGCUAUUGCUCUUCGCAUCAAGCAUCGGGGCUGCCCUGACACAUGACUAUAACUCGUUCCUUGCCUGCCGGCUGGUGGGAGGCUUGGGAAUGGGUCCAUUUGAGGUUCUUGUGCAAUGUACGAUAGGAGACUUGUAUUUCGUACAUGAACGCGCCUCACGCAUAGCUUUCUGGAACCUGUUCCUGGUGAGCGGGAUCUCAGCAGGCCCGAUUGUGAGUGCGUAUAUUAUCCAGUAUGCCGGGUAUCGCUGGACGUUUGGCGUAUGCGCCAUUUUUUACGGCGUCCUGACCAUCGCUCUCUUCUUUCUUGCCCCGGAAACUGCAUAUAUCCGCGUGGUUAGCCCUCCUCACUCCUCGAAUGAGGCCUCGAGUAUGGAGCAGCAGGACACGUAUGCCGUGUCAGGCAAGGACGCCCCUCAGGCGGGCUCUGAGAGGCUACACGAUAUUGAAAAGGAACCCGAAGGUCAACAUGAUCCACCGGAGACAAGCCACUCUCCGCGAAUCACGCAGCGAAAGGAUUCCUAUUGGAGGUCCCUCCGAGUGUACACGGGCAGAUACUCUAAUGCCUCACUCGUGAAGGUCAUUAGCCGUCCGUUUAUCUUGUUUCUCUAUCCUGGCAUCCUUUGGGCAUUCCUAACCUGGGGUACAACAAUCACGUUCACCAUUGCUUUUAGCUACGUCAACGGGGUGAUUUUCAACGAAUCUCCAUACAACUUUACCACUUCACAGAUUGGCCUCAUCAACAUUUCACCAUUAGUCCUCAGCGUUGUGUCCGAGAUCAUCUCGGGGCCCCUGUGCGAUAGAAUCUGUUUGUACCUGACGAAGAGAAACAAUGGGUACUACGAACCCGAAUUUCGGCUGGUCCUGAUGCUUGUGGGUUUCGUCCUUGGUGUAGCUGGGUUCUAUGGGUUUGGGGCUACUGUGCACUACAAGACACAUUGGACGGGGCCCGUUAUCACAUACGGGCUGGUCAAUGCCUCCCUCGCAUUUUGCUCGACAUGUGUCUUCGGAUACAUCAUUGACGCCUACACUGCCCUGGGUGAGGAGGCCUUCGUGGCCGUCAACUCUCGUAACUUCCUCAGUUUCGGAAUCCUCUAUGUGAUCAAUGAAUGGCUCGCACAAGACGGAACACUAAAAGUGUUUGUCGUCCUAGGCAGCCUUUUUAUCUUCACCAGUCUUCUCACCAUACCAAUUUGGGUCUUCGGAAAGAGAUUCAGGGCAAGGAUUGACAAGAUUGUCUGGUUGAAGAACUACAUGCGGGACUCUUAA